GUUCAACAGUCUAGUGCUUUGGCGGUGAAUGUGUAAUUCAAUUACUAGUGCUUUAAUCGAGUUUGUGGAGGGUAGAACCGAUUCAAGUCGAGUCUCUUUAAUUAAAGAGAUUUAAUUCUGACGUGGAACAAAUAUAUUUCAGUUUCCAAACAUCCUACUGGUUCAAUUCGCUAUCGGGUGAAAAUCAAACCCUACCCUAACAAAAACCCUGUACUUGACGACACCAGAUCAGAAAAAUACAUACAUCCCAAUAUACGAUGGAAGAGAUUACGGAAGGAGUGAACAAGAUGGAGAUUGUGGAAUCUCUGAAGAAGAAUCGAAUUCAAGUUUCUAAUACAAAGAAGCCCCUUUUCUUCUACGUUAAUCUCGCCAAGAGAUACAUGCAGCAAUACAAUGAGGUUGAGCUUUCAGCACUUGGAAUGGCAAUUUCAACAGUUGUCUCAAUUGCCGAAAUUCUGAAGAACAAUGGUUUUGCUGUUGAGAAGAAAAUCAUGACGUCCACUGUGGAAAUAAAAGAUGACUCCAGGGGAAGGCCCAUCCAAAAAGCCAAGAUUGAACUAGUGCUUGGAAAAACAGCAAAUUUUGAUGAAUUAAUGGCUGCAGCACAAGAGGCCAGAGAAAUGGAUAAUGGCGAAGAGCAGAACUGAGGAGAAAUGUCAUCUUUUUCACGCCACCGAAAUGGUGUCAAGACAGUCUCUAUAGUUUUGCGGCUCUGUUUUUGAGAAAAAACACCAAAAUGUUGAAGAUUUUACAGCUAUGACAUACUUUUUCGUCUGUUUCAUGUUAUUUAUUUAUUUAUUUUUAACUCAAAACUUAUUCUGUCUCGGACACGUUAAAGGCCGCGCCAUAUUCUUUGGUAAACGAAUAACUGAAAUUCCAUUGGUCUAGCUAUA